CAGCGCGCUCUAGGAGCGGAGCAAGGCUUGUGUAGGUUCUCACGACCGCAUUUGGUCCCCGAGCAUUCUUCCCAGGUGCGCGUUUCCGGCGUCCUGGCUACCGCGGCUGUAGCCGGCCGGGCCGUGGCCUGGCUCUUCCUCUGGGAGGUGGCUGGGCUCACCUCUGCAGACCCAGUCUUCAGCACGGCCCCCACCGACGCUGGCAUAAGAGCCACUUGUUCUGAAAUUAUUUUGAAGCAAGAAGUUUUGAAAGAUGGUUUCCACAGAGACCUGUUAAUAAGAGUGAAAUUUGGAGAAGGCAUUGAGGACUUACAGACCUGCCGAGUCUUAAUUAGACAAUACAUCCCGACAGGACUUUUUGUGGAUCCAUAUGAGUUGGCUUCAUUACGAGAGAAAAACAUAACAGAGGCAGUGAUGGUUUCAGAAAAUUUUAAUAUAGAGGCUCCUGACUAUUUGUCCAAGGAAUCUGAAGUUCUCAUUUAUGCCAGACAGGAUCCUCAGUGCACUGAUUGUUUCCAAGCUUUUUUGCCUGUGCACUAUCGCUAUCAUCGGCCACAUUGUAAUGAUGAAGAAACCUUCAUUGUGGUCAAUAACCCUGAUUUAUUGAUGUAUUGUGACCAAGAGUUUCCAGUUUUGAAAUGCUGGACUCAGUCAGAAAUGACAGCUCCUUGUGCUUUGAACAGUCAGGAUAUCUGCCAAUGGAACAAUAUGAAAUAUAAGUCAGUAUAUAAGAAUGUGACUCUACUGGUUCCAGUGGGACUGACCAUACAUACCUCUUUAGUAUGUUCUGUGACACUGCUCGUUACCGUCUUGUGUUCUGCUUUGAUCCUUGUGGCUGUUUUCACAUAUGGCCAUUUUUCCCUAUAAGUUUUAUGUGGUUAAAUGCUUUCAAUAAACCUAAAUAAGACCUAUUCAUUUGUGACUAGAAGUGUUUUUCUAGAAUUAUGGCAGUACUUUUGUCUUUUGCCUUCAUUUAUGGCUAAUAUUAUGUUUACUAGAGGAAAUUCUGAAUCAUUCUUGACUAAUUUCAAAAUUCAGUGCUCUGCUGUGUAGCUCUCUCAUAAUCCUCAAGCCUCAAGUGCCUAUAGAGGAAACGUAACUCUGUUAAUAUUUAUUUUGUGAGAAGUGACUUCUUUUUAUUUGGGUUAUAUAUGAGCAUUUUAUGUAUUAGAGGCAAAUUAUUGCUAAAACUUGAGGAAACUAUUAUGAAGAAGAAUGAUUUGGAAGAACCAGAGUUUAUUUAAAUAUUAAUUUUAUGAGAACAUUAGAGUAAUUUAUAUAGAGUUUCAAAGAAAAUUAUAGUAGGACAGCUAAGAAAUUAUUAUCAAAACUGAUUAUUCCUUAGAGCAUUUCCAUUCUCCUUUUAUAUUUUAUAAUACUGCUUUUGAAUAUGUGAUUUGGCAAAGGGCUUGAUGAAAUUAAGUACUAAGAUUUAGUUCUGCUUUAGUAUGGAAUUUGUCAGGAAGAUUGUCGUAUUACAGAGUGUGUUUUAUUAAGUUGUACGGUUACAAAACUUUUUUUUAAUUUUCAGGUAAUAUCUUUUAAAAGGUCUCGAUUUAAUGUUUUUCUUCGGAAAGAAUUACAAAAUAAAGUGCCAUAAGCUAAUUAAAAAAUAAAAGGGCAAGCAUGUUCGAAAACAGAAGCCAGUAAACCGGGGUAUGUUGGCAUUGUUUGUUCUGUAUGGCAUAAUGGGGUGUGAUAUACUUUAUAUAUGCUAUCACUGCUUAAUUUUCUAAAACAUUCUGCUGUUUUUAUGGGAAUAUUUAUUUAUUCAUUAAAAAUUCUUUUAUUA